AAUUUCCAAUAGAAUUCACUUUCUAGCAUACAUAGAGCUUGGCUGAAUCUACAUCUCUACAAAUAGAUAAAUAUAAAGUUUAAAACUUGAAGAGAACAUGUGUUCCCAGUGUUUAGCAUAUCCCAACUGUGCACAUCACCAGUUGAAACCUGAAUACAGUAACUGAAGUACUAUUCCAAUAUAGAGAUAGUCAACGUGUAUCUGUUGGCAACACUGUCCAAAGUUUUUUUUUUUUCCCAAACAAUUUUUAUGAUGGUGCCUUUGAACGCAGAGUGAAACGCUUGUGUCUGAAGCAAUGUGUUAAUGAUUACUAACACAAGCUGACAAUAGCUGUUAAAAAGUACUUCAAAGAAAGAAGUGGGGGAUAUAUUAUUUGUGAAAAGGAGGGCUGCUCAUUACAUUUAGACCAAGUUCUCUGAUGUGCAAUGGGCAGGAUUGUCUCAGUGAGGACAGCACAAGUUUCACAGCAAUAACUAUUCAUAGAAAUAAAGAAGAGAGAAUGCUGAGGAGUGUGGGCAGAGGGCUGUGGAACUAUCGCAGCCUUAUCUUCAUCAUCCUCACGCCACUGCUGCUGCUUCCUCUUCCACUGGUCAUCAGAACAAAGGUAGCAGAAUGUGCCUUUGUGUUGCUACUCAUGGCUGUGUUCUGGGUGACAGAGGUGAUUCCUUUGUCUAUGACCGCCAUGCUCCCUGCCCUCCUCUUCCCCAUGUUCGGCAUUAUGAAGUCAUCCAAUGUGGCAAAAGAGUACUUCAAAGAUUUCCACUUCUUGUUAGUGGGGGUCAUCUGCCUGGCUACAUCCAUUGAGAAGUGGGGUCUUCACCGGAGAAUAGCCUUGAGACUUGUCUCCAUGGUGGGAGUCAACCCUGCAUGGCUGAUGUUGGGCUUCAUGUCUGGCUGUGCCUUCCUUUCCAUGUGGGUUCAAAACACCUCGGCAGUUACCAUGGUGAUGCCCAUUGUAGAGGCUGUGCUCCAGCAGAUCCUGAAGGCCAAGGAGUUGGGAUGUAAUGGCAACGUCAACCCUGACCUGCAACUGUAUGAAACUGACAUGAAAAUCGAAUCAAUAAAGAAAAUUGCAAGCGAUGAGAAGAAACCUGACGCUCCAGCAGAAAACUUCACAUGUGUUGAGAUUCAAACACUGCCCCAGUCUGACUCAGCUCAACCCCAGUCUGACCAGUCUGACUCAGCUCAACCCCAGUCUGACCAGUCUGACCCAGCUCAACCCCAGUCUGACCAGUCUGACUCAGCUCAACCCCAGUCUGACCAGUCUGACCCAGCUCAACCCCAGUCUGACCAGUCUGACCCAGCUCAGGCUGCAGCGUGUGUCCCAACUGUUGUCAGCAGGAGUCAGCAGGACCUAAUGAUGUGCAAAGCAAUGUGCAUCGGUAUUGCCUACUCAUCCAACAUUGGUGGUAUCACCACACUGCCAGGAACCUCUCCAAACCUCAUCUUCUCUGAGUAUCUCAAUCAGAUUUACCCAGAAUGCAACUGCAUCAACUUUGGGAACUGGCUCCUGAUGUGCCUUCCUAUCAGUGUCAUCAUGCUCCUGCUCACAUGGAUCUGGCUGUACUGGUUGUUCCUUGGCUCAGACUUCACGUUCCUGUGGCAGUGUGAUGGAGUGCAGUCUGGGAAAGAGAAAGCAGCAAGAAAAGUUAUAGAGGAAGAAUACAAGUCAUUGGGAGCAAUCAGGCCUCAGGAGAUCUUCACUGGCAUGGUUUUCCUGCUGAUGGUGGUGUUGUGGUUAACCAGAUCUCCAGGUUUCAUGCCUGGCUGGGCUUCUCUCUUCCCUCAUCACUCAGGCUACAUCACAGAUGCUACUGUGGCCCUGCUGCUGGGUUUCUUGUUUUUUAUCGUCCCUGCCCAUGGACCUGACAAGAAAUAUGAGGCCAUGAUCUCCUGGGACGAAUUUCAAGCCUUGAUGCCAUGGAAGGUUGCCCUGCUGGUUGGUGGAGGAUUUGCACUUGCCGAAGGAGCAAAGGUUGUGUUUACCUUUUCGAGUGAAAUGCCUCAAAUUCACCACAAUAUAUGCCGAUCAUACGUCAGCAGACACAAUUCACUAAUACUCAUCAUAAUCAUAAAUUUAAUCAAUGACUUCAGUCAAAAAUUUUUUAAAUGUUCUGUAGUUUGUUUACCUGAGCUCAGGAGUGUUCUGAGCAGGGGUUGCAUUAAUGGAAUAUUUUCCUUAUUUGACCAUUGUUUUUUUUUUAAACGACGAAAAAGUUUGCCCAUCUGUCAUUUCGACAGUAUACAUUAUAGGCCAAGCAGAGAUUACGUUAAAAACAUAACAUUCAGUCCGUUAUAAUAUAAGGUUUUCAGUCUUGAUAUUUAUUUCGCGGUUAUUAAUCAGCGCUCCCCUGAACACAGUGGUGGUUGAUUAGCCGAUUUAAACUCCUGCUCUGCUAGUCAGUCGGUCUUUGAGUCGCACAGAAUGGCGCAAAACUUAGUUGAAACAAUAAUUACUGAGAUUAUUAAUUUUGUUGGGUUAUUAAUUUGAUCACGUUUUGUUGAUUUUUUUUUCUUAGUAAAGUUACAAAUGUUUUGGACCUUAUGAUCAGAGGACGUGCUGGUCUCAGCCUCCUGGCGGCUUUCAGUUUGUCACCUAGUGCCGAGAUCAACUCAAAACCUUCCAUGAUCAACGUAUUGAGCUUAACAUU